UUGAGGUAUCCCUAAAAAAUCCUCGUUGAAUAUAUAAGAGUCUAGCCUUAUACAAGGUUAAACCGGGAUUCAAAGUAGGAACGAAAACUCGGCGGAACAGUUUUGCACGUCAUACAAAUUGAAAGAAUACGAAUUGGGGGGAAACAGGACCGAUCGGGAUCACCAAUUGCAAAGUAAACCCUUAUCGCGGAGAGAAAAUGUUGAUCGUGUACCUUCUUAUCAGGGAAUCGAUCACCACAGAGAGUAUAAAAUGAUACGAUCUUCACGAUCGCCAACAGUUAUUGGGUAGAGAUGAAUCCGUUAAUCGUUGUUUUGUCCGGCCUGCUGUUGGCCUCGGCUGUGACCGCAGGUUCAACCAACACUCUGCGUCAACGUAAUCCAAAGACGGGAUCAAGUUCGUCGGAGGAGUACGAUCGGUACUCCUCGAGAUCCAGGCAGGGAAAGAACGUCCAAGCUGCUUAUGGAUUCGUCCCGAUGACGUUCGAUGCCCGCGACUACUGGGCUCAGUGCCCAAGCGUGGGACACGUUCCGAAUCAGGGAUGUUGCGAUUCCAGCUAUGCGUUGAUUCCGACAGCUGUGAUGACCGAUCGUACCUGCAUUGCGACCAACAGUUCGAACAUGGUGUUCAGUGCGUUCGAUGUGAUCAGCUGUUGUGCGGAUUGUGCCAUUUACCAGAAGGACAAGUGCCGCGGAGGAGAUCCUGUUGCGGUUUGGAAGUACUGGAAUAAGGUUGGCAUCGUGAACGAGGACUGUCUGCCGUAUUCGUUCGCCAACACUUGCAUUGGACAGGACUGUCCGAUUCGUUGCGUUCCUGGUGCUUCCGGUACCGUUGCUGGCAACAAGAAGAAGGGUCUGGAGUACUAUACGGUGAUGGCUAACGUGCUGCAGAUUCAGUCGGAAAUUGUCCGUAACGGUCCUGUUGAAGCUAGCUUUGACAUGUACUUGGACUUUGCGACCUUCAAUGGCGACGGAGUGUACAUGCACCGUAGUGGACCGUAUCUGAACAAACACUCCGUCAAGAUUAUCGGCUGGGGAACUGAGAAAGGUACCCCGUACUGGCUGAUUAUCAACACCUUUGGCCGUGGCUGGGCAAAUGAGGGAGUCGCAAAAUUCCUGCGCGGCCAGAACCACUUGAACCUCGAGGCCAAUGUACGCGCUGCUAAGCCCAACUACUAAGGCAAAGUACUUGCGAUGUGAUGCAAGUUGAAUAAACAAGAAGCCAUGUAAUACUGAUUUUAUUAUUUUGUUUAGAAACCCUAGAUAAUGAGACAGCUUCUAAUGAGCUUGGAUAUCUCUUUGAUAAUUCUAAGAAUACCAA